CCGUCUUUAUUCUGUUUAAUCAAUGGCUUCAAUUUACACUUGUGCGGAAUGCGAAACCAACUUGAAUCUAAGUACCAGCCAACUCUUUCCUCCCGAUUUUUACUUUGAGUCCGGCAAUCCUGAGGGCACUCUCUCUUUUGCUGCGAUCGAUGAAACCAAAUUCAGAUUUGAGAAAGAAGACAAGUUGAUGCCUUUCUUUGAGUCUGUGAACUACUGGGGAAUUCAGAGGAACAGAACCAAGAUCAAUUGCAAAAGCUGUGGUCAUCCUGUCGGGUAUAUUUACGAUGAUGGUCCUCCCCUCACUAACAGUCCUGGUCAGUUGCAUAUGGGUCCAAGUCAGGUUAUCCCCAGGGCGCCAAGGUACAGGCUUAAGAUCAAAGCUCUCAAGAUUAAAUCAGAAACCUAGAUUUUCGUUCUGGCUUUCAGGUUAUAUAGCAUAUUGGCUAUAUUGCAAUUCAGUCAGUUUUCUCGUUUGCGAUGAUUACUGGUAUAGAACCCACUGCUCGGUCUAGGCUGG